AUGGCAGCGGAGCCUCAAUGGAGGCCUUGCUGGCGUUGGUGGGCGCUUGCGCUGGUGGUGGCGCUUGCAGCCGAACUUUCUGGAGAAGACCACAUGCACCACCGCAAAUUCGAGAUGGCGGUGGAUGGCAUGACAGAAGCCUAUAGGGAUUGGAACCCUGAACCACGCCAUAGUGAGCCCAAUGAAUCGAUGGUGACCAACUAUGCCCUGGACUUCGAAGCAAGCUUGGGUUUGGCGCCUCGCUUUUAUGACAGUGGCUUUGCAGGUGGAGCUUUGGAGAUCUACAAGGAGGCCAACGUUUUCCUGGAGCAGCUGCCUAGCACGAGCUUGGUCUUCUAUGUGGACACGCCUUUGCAUAGCACGAUCUUGGUCUUCUACGUGGACAAGCCCCUGCAUUGCACGAUCUUGGACUUCUAUGUGGACGCGCCUUUGGUGUGCAUGUGCUUGGACUCUUACCUGGACACGCCCCUGGAUAGCACUUGCUUGGACUUCUACCUGUGCCACCUGUUCUCAGUGUUUGACAUGGUUGUCCUGCUGGCCUAUGACAUCAUGCGCAGCGUUUGGUGGCAUCCUCAUUGUCUUCAUGGUGAACAAGUACAACAAGAUGGUGAGGAGGCAACGUUUGAAAAGAUUGAGUGGACUUCCUACAUCAGGAUGAAGGGCAUGGUUUUCCUGGUGAUGUACACGCAGUGUGCGGCUAUGGAUGCAGCUCAAGCUCAAGAUCUUCUUGGAAGGAUUAUGGAGCUAUCAACAGCAGCAACUACGGCGGCUACUACGGCAAAUCAGAUGCUGGAAGCUUUCAACUCUGGUGGAGGCAGAGGAGCCCCAAGGUUUGGUGAUGGUGCCAAGCUACUUCGAACACCCGAGGUUUUCAACACAGACGACCCUGUGAAGUACACUGGCUGGCGUGAGCAAUUUCUCAACUGGCUCACCUUCUGUGAUGGGAGGUACUCUGACCCGAUCAAGGACGUCGAGCAGCUGGAAACUAUGACAGAGAUGUCAACCUUGGAGGAACCUGUGAAGGAGCUGGCGAUGAAGCUGUACUCCAUCUUGUCCUCCUACUUGCAAGGGCCUGCACUCCAGAUUGUCAGGGCCCACUCUUCUGAGAGAAAUGGAUUUGCAGUCUGGCAUCGGCUGAAACAGCUGUACGCCCCACGUGCCAGACCGAGGGCAUUGGCCAUUGGACAGGCCAUCAUGCAACAUCCAACUUUCUCCCCGCAGAGGUCUAUGUUGGAAAACCUGCUGCAGUUUGACAUGCUCUUGAACCAGUAUGAACUUGCAGCUGGACACAGAAUGCCUGACGACCUCACUGUCAGUACGGUCUCGCGCUGCCUGGAUGGUGCCACACGCAGGCACUUGGGGAUGAUCAUGGAUGAGGGUAUGGAUUAUUCAGCCCUGAAGGACAAGCUGAUCCUCUUGGAUAAGAACACAAAGGCUUGGUCAGGUGACAACUUCCUCAAGAACCUCCAGGUCUUCAACCAGCCUACAUCGAGCUCUUCUACCUACCAAGGACCUGCACCGAUGGAAGUGGAUCAGGCUGUGAGGUUGGUGAAAAUGUAUCACGUGGCCACACCACCUGCUGAACAACCUGAAAUCUAUGAGAUGAGAAGUGAUGGAGAAGGAGAUGGUUGUGAUGAAUGGUAUGUCAGAAUGGUAGCUGACACUACAACCUGGUGGUUCAGAAUCGAUGCUGGUGACGAUGAUCAACCUGGUGAAGUUUGUUGGUCUGGUGACCCUCUCAUGGAUUGGUACCAUGGACUUCCCAGCACUUUGGAUCGGUGCCAAGGUGCCAAUGAGGAGGACGAGAUCUUCCACGUUCGAGCUGUCCCAGCUGGUCAAUUGGUUGUUCUGGACUCUGGAGCUGACAUCAGCCUCUUGCCCUACCACAUGAGUGGAUGUGGUACUCCACGACCUGGUGGUCGAACUAUCUUGGAAGAUGCCCAAGGUGAACGCCUUCAGACCUAUGGCAAAAGGUCUGCACGGGUGGAAUGUGAAGGUCUCAACAAUGACCUGGUGGUGAUCGAGGAUGACUUCAUCGUGGCAUCAGUGCAAAGCCCCCUGAUUUCUUUAGGGAGGUUGAUACAUCGUGGAUGGAGCCUUGCACCCAGUGAACAUGCCAAUGCAAGGGUGACUUUGGUAGCUCCUGAUGGUGAAGCUAUGGCGCCACUUCAAUUCAAACGCAACUCUCUGGCCGUGUGCGCUAGCAUCAGAGUGGUUCAGGAUGUUUCUGGAGCUUCCUCAACUACGACAAUUCCCAGAACACCCAAACCACUGACUGAGCUCAAGAUGGAGAAGGUGAUUGAAGAGGAGAAUGAUCUGAUGGCAAUUCAGACGGUGAUCAAGCCCAACGAUGAGCUUCUCAGGCGUAUCUUCAGGAGAGGAUGGGCAACAUCAAGCAAUGGAAACCCUUUCAUCAUCAUGCCUGAGUCCAAGAAUUACCUCAACCCUCACUUGGUCUACUCUCGCGCUGAAUGGCCCCUACGCUCAACUGCAAUCCAAUUGGAGGACUACUCAUGGGAGAUGGUGGAGUUUUGCAAUCAAUACUACAUCUCUGACUAUGUGGACGCAGAGAUUGAGGAGUGUGACAAGCCCACCUUUGUCCUCACCAUGUUGCACAAACAAGAGGAACCCUUCACGGUCUUUGGACAAGUUGGAGCGCAAGAGAUGGUUGAAGCUGGAGGAUCAAAUGGUGAUCCCAACUUUUUCAUGUUCCCCGAGGAGCCCAAGGUCCCGAUGGAGAUGGCCGAGCACUUCAAACCUGAAGAAGUUGACCAAGUUGAUCCACGUGGAGCUGGUGGUGAAUCUGCCCCUUCCUUUGAGUGGCAGUUCGAAAACAAGGACACCUUGGUGGUGAACGAUGAGCCUGUGACCAUCAACAGCAGCAUUGGUUUCUUGCGUGCAGCUGCUGAGUAUCUUGGAGUCUCCAAGAAUGUCAACAAGGAGAUGAUUUGGACGAGGCUGAACCAGAAGGUUCAAACCCUGGAGCAUGAACAACUCUUCCUUGACUCCAACCGUUUGUACCGGGAUGAGCAGUGGAAACAAGGUCUGGUGGGACAAUCUGUACCCAGAACUCCUUCAGAAGAGGAGGUGGCAUUGCAUGAGCUUUCACAUUUGCCCUAUCGGGAUUGGUGCCCCCACUGUGUGAAACAAGACCCACAACGUCCUGUUGAGUUUUCCACUGAUGAUCGACGCUCAAUCCCCAGCAUCGAGAUCGACUACUGCUUUUCCAAGGUUGAGGAGAGUGAUCCUGUUUCAACAGUCUUGGUGGCAAUUGAUUGCCAAAGCAAGAUGCUGUUUGCCAUGCCUCUUGCUUCAAAAGGGUCCAACCUUCGAGGUCAAGCUGAAAGCCUGGUGCGGUUCUCAAUGGCUCUGAACUACAUGGACCAGGUUGAGUUUGUCAGUGACGCUGAACCAACAAUGAAGUUCCACAACCAUUCAACUACAAAGACCUCAGCCUUUGAGUUGGUGAAUGGAAGGCGAUAUGCUGGAAAGAUUGCCUCAUUUGGUGAGGUUGUGUUGGUUCUACAUCGACGAGGACCCAACACCAAAGCCGGUCCUCAAUGGGUACCUGGAGUGUGGUUGACCAAAACUGAUGGAGAUGAUUUACAUGUGGUGGCCACGCCUGAAGGCUUGCUGAAGGGCAAAGCCAUCAGAAGGCUUACCGACCCCUGGAGACCCACAUGGCUUUUCAUGGUUCAGGAGAAACCCUUUCAGAAGCUCACCAGAAAGGCAACUCUCAAGAAUCUUCGAUUUGGUGCACCUCCCACUCCAAAACCUGUGGCAGAACGACAAGAAAAGCUUCCUUAUGAAGCCAUCGACUAUGACGCCAAGGAUGUGAUUGAGUAUGCCAGGACGCACCCACCUAGUCCUGUGAGUGAUGCUGGAAUGCCUGAGACGGAGGUGACUGCAACUGGUGGAGAAGAGGCUGUCUUGGAUGACAGCAAUGUCAAAGAGCCCGAAACAAAAGCUCUAAAAACAAGUCCUGAAGGUAGUCCCUCAUCUUCAAGCCGUCUCUUUGCCCCUCACUAUGCUGGAAACAUCCAACAUGUCAUGGAGAUUGGAGAAGUGGAUGACGAGCAAUGGGAAGAAGAUGUGGCUGGAUACAUCGAGCCCGAGUGGAUAGCUCUUGGUGGUGAAGAUGGAGAUGAAGAUCAUAUUGAUGAAGGUCGACCUCCUGAAGUUGACCCCGACGAGCUGGCGCAGCUGGAUGAGGAAGCAGGCUUCAAAGAGAUCAGAAGGCUCUUGGAAAUGAAAGUAAUUGAAAAGCCCUCAGCUGAGGAUUUGGAGCUGGGCGUAGUUCUCUCCACGAGGAGUGUCAUGGAUUGGCGCUUUCGCAACCAGAAAUGGCAACGACGAUGCAGGUAUGUUGCCCGAGAAUUCCGAGCUGGAGACAAAGGGUCAGCAGCAACCUUUGCACCUACUUCAGGUGUUGGUGCCCGGUUGGUUCUUGUGGCACAUUGUUGCUUUCAGUGGCUGCUGGCAUUCCUGGACAUCAAGGACGCGUUCCUCCUGGUUCCCCAGCGUGAGAAGAUUCUGGUGGAGAAGCCCUCUUGGUGGUCUGAUGGAUCAGGCACACGGUAUUGGUCCCUCAGCAAAUGCCUGCCUGGACAGAGAAAUGCUGCUGCACGUUUCUUCGAUUUCCUUUGCGAGCAUCUACAAGCUCUUGGGAUGGAAAACACGCCAUUAUUGCCAAGCCUGUUUAGGCACAAGGAAAAGAAGCUAGUCCUAUGCUCACAUGUGGAUGACCUGGUGGUUGGAGGUGAGCGAGAAGCAGUACAAUGGCUUGUGGCAGCAUUGAAAUCAAAAUUGACCUUGCAGGGCGGUGACCUCAUACCUGCGGAAGAUCAAGAUGAUCAAGACCCAGUAAGGUUUCUCAAAAGACGACACUACUUCACGCAGGCGGGGGUCAUCAUCAGCCCGCACGAGAAAUAUGCUGAUGAAUUGGUGCAGCUCUAUGGCCUACAACAUCGCAAGCAAAAGACGACUCCUGAUGUGAGUGGGGAAAUCUAUGAGUCUGAAGAGCUGGAUGAGCAGGGCAAGCACCGGUUUAGAUCAGCCAUGGGUACACUCUUGUACCCCAGCCAGGAUCGGGUAGAUCUACAGCACUCGGUCCGACAUCUCAGCCAAUACAUGUCAAGACCGACAGUGGCAGCCGACGCAGCUGUGAGGCAUGUGAUCCUCUACCUCAAGGGCACAGCCAAUUAUGGCGUACUGCUGGGCUACAAUCUUUCCAACAAGAGCAAGCUCAGUGAAAUCCAUGGAGCAGCAGACCCUGAGGAGAGAGUCAAAGACUUGGUAGAAGCCUUCACUGAUGCAGACUGGGCUGGCGACAAGUCUACAGGAGUUCGAAGGGGGCACUCUGUCUCUUCAGCUAUGGUCUUCGUGAAUGGUCGCCUGGUUACAGCCUGGUCAAGGACACAGAAAAGCAUAGCCCUGAGCAGCUGUGAAUCAGAGUAUUUGGCAAGCGUUGGUGGUGGCUCAGAAGCUCUCUACAUAGCAGCCCUUUGGGAGUUUCUCACCAAACGAGAGACUGAGGCCCGGAUCAUUUCAGAUUCUUCAUCAUGCCGAGCCUUUUCCCAGAGGCAGGGCGUUGGACGCUUGAAGCACAUCAACGUGAAGUACCUUUGGCUACAGCAGAAGAUCAAGGAGUGUGCGUUGCAAAUGGAUGGAGUCCCCACGGUGUUGAACGUCGCGGACUUGGGGACGAAGCGACUGGCAAAAGCUCGCCGCGAUUUUCUGAUGUUUCUCAUUGGCUUGGUGGAGUAUGACAAGAACUCAAAAGCCUAUGUCCCUGUGGGAGAAGAUGCCUUCAACGCUUACCUGCAGAAGAAAGCAAUUGGAAAGACAAUGAAAUCAGUGAGACAGGUGAUGUUGAAAUCCCUGAUGGAUGGCGUGGAGGACUUGCCCAUCAAGAUCUCGAAACCUAUGGUCAAGGCAGUGACCAUCAUGGCAUUGCAGCCUUUGGUGUCUGGUGCGCGCUUGGAGGAGAUCAACUAUGACUUCGUGGUGCGGCACUACACCAUUGCCGAGUUCUUCCUCGAGCGGCCUUUGCUCAUGGUUCUCUAUGCGCUGGUCUUCAUGAUGACGGGCAUCAUCAUUGGGUACUACAUCAAAGAGAAGAUCCACAAGAUUCAGCUUUCAAAAGUUCUUUCUUGGGCCAAAGGAGUGAUCAGCGAGAAGAAGGAGAUCACCUAUGUGGACGACUGGGAUCCUGUCAACAUGGAGCUGAGACAGUAUCGAGUCCUGCAGUCACCUGACGAUGCGAUGUCAGGUGAGGAAUAUUUCCGCGAAUGCCCUGGCGGAUUGGCCCGAUUCGUCAAGCUGGAUCGGAAAAGACGCAGAAAGUAUGGGAUCGAUGAGACAGAUCCGCUGAAUGCCUAUGACCUGACGUCUGGCGAAGAAGCUGAGGAGGAAGAAAUGCAGGUGGACGAAGCUUUGCCUGCGGUUGCAUUAGCAUCCGCACAGAUGGCCCAUGCCGAGCUCUACGGCGCUGACAGCGUUGGUGGCGGAACAGGUGCUUCGGCGAAUGCUGCGGCAGCAGCGAGGUCGGAUAGCAAUACCAGGGAGUAUCUGAGCAGCCUUCCUGGGAGCCCGAGAUCCGAAUCGCCGACUUUGCCGACGAUUGGUGUCGACCGGGAAAGCCUUGAAGUUCUGAUGGAGCACGUCCCGGCCAACCAACGUGAGAGAGCACGCCGUGUACAGGAGGUAGGAUUGUUUAAUCACCGUAUUCUAAAGGAAUACCUCCAAGUUCACCUCAUGUCCAUUUUUCCUGGCCAACCUGAUCUGACAUGGGAUCACGAGACCUGGUGGACUCAAAGCGAACGUAGGAACUUUGACACGUUCAAAGACAUCGUGGCCUAUGGGAUGUAUCAACUGAACUGGGGAUCAUUUGUGGAGCAAUGGUUUGUUCAACAGGAGUUUGAAAACAACAGACCAAAUGACAUCCCAUGGGACUCCGAUUAG